ACUAAUGUCAAUGUGACUACCUCCUGAAAUAUUCAAUUCUCAAAAGGACUUCAUGUGUCUUUCGUCCAACCAUACUCUCUCUUCUGCUUUUCAGAAUAACACCUGCAUAUUUUUACAGAGAAACUCAACAAGUGUGGUUGGUUUUUUUUAAAACGAAAGGGCUGAGGAGCUAUAAUGGCAAUGAUUACGUGUAACUUUCUCAAUUCCUCAUGGGCAUCUAUAUAACACACCCCUCCAAGGCUGCCCCAGUCUGUCUGCCACACACAACGUCUGUUUCAGCAAAUGUAGUAGACGACUUGCCUGUCCACAUCUUAACAUUGUGAGAAGGGAUUUGUUGCUCUUUUUAAGCCAUGCUGUGUGAGAGCAGACUUUGGAUUCUGGCCUACAGUCGAGUAGAGGAAGUGGCCUCCACGCCUCCAGAGAGUGUCCUUCGGAGCCCCACCUGGCAGGGAACUCAUAGAGCUGCUGCUGCUGCCGCUGCCUGUGUCAUGCCCGCCUCCACGCGCCGAUCCUCCAGAGUCCCUCAGAGAGAUUCCCCACACCCGGACAUGGGAUCAUGGUCGCGUUUUUUGCCAUUUGAUCGCAGUUCCAUGAGCGACCCUCCCGUGGGCUCCAGGGGCCUUGGGAGGGGACACAUCUCUCCGGAGGUGGAGAUCCCCCGCCAGGAAGGCUCCGUCAGCGACGGCCCCUUCCUGGUGCCCGCCUCUUGUCAGCUCAUCUGCCAGAACUACAGCGACCUCUGCAUCCGAGGGGACCAGGUGCUGCCCCUCUCCUCCCAGAGCACCCGGGACCCCCUGCUGGGGGCCGACACCAAAGCCGUCGGACCUUUCCUCCAGUCCUGCGACGUCCUCCGGGAGGUGGAGGAUUCCCUCCCGGAGCAGAGCUCCCAGGCCGGGCCCCUGCGCCUCCUGCCCAGGAGGACGGGGUCCAACCGCUGGAGACAAGGCAGCGGGCGCGACCUGAGCUUUUUAUUCCACGGGCGAGAGGGGCCCUUCACCAACUCCCUGCUCAACUGCUACCUGGAGCACAAGCUGCUGGACCUGAACCAGCAGUACAUACUAGAGAACAUGGCCCGGGACCAGGCCGGCGGCCCGUACUCUGACCCGCCGUACCCCUUGAUGGCCUCGGAGCUCAUUCUGACCAGCCUGGACCAGCUCACCCAGCAGCUGAGCCGAGAGCGCCGCCUGGAGGCCGGCCUGGCCAAAGACAUGGUGAUCAGCUGCUUCCUGCGGGUGGCCAGCGACAUGUCGGGGGAGAUCAGCACCCCCAUGCUGCAAUUCUCUGAGGACCCCCCGGUCCCGCAGGCGGAGGAAGCUCUUUGCGAGGAGGAACUGGACAGACCUGCCCAACUGGCCCAGGACCUGGGCUAGAGGGAGGUCUUGUGCGAUCACUGCUGAGAUGCAUGUUGAUCGUCACGCCACAACAGGGAUGGUGACACAGUGUGAAUAACGUUUGCAGAGGCAUUGGGCUGAAAUAAUUAUUUGUGUUCAUCUCUCUCUCUCUCUCUCUCUCUCUCUCUCUCUCUUUCUCACUUUCUCUCUCUCUCUCUCUCUCUCUCUCUCUCUCUCUCUCUCUCUCUCUCUCUCUCUCUCUCUCUCUCUCUCUCUCUCUCUCUUUCUCUCUUUCUCACUUUCUCUCUCUCUCUCUCGCUCUCUUUCUCUCUGGCCAUCUCUCUCUCCGCCCCUCUCUCUCUGUCUCUGUCUCUCACUCUGUCUCUCGCACUCUCUGACCCUCUCUCUCUCUCUCUCUCUGAACCUCUCUCUCUCUCUCUCUCUCCCUCUCUGAACCUCUCUCCCUCUCUCUCUCUCCCUCUCUCGAUGUCUUCCUCUGUCUCUCCCUCCCUUUGUCUAUCUCUUUCUCUGUUUUUAUAUAUAUAUAGCGGUGAAGCAAAUCUAGCUGCAUAUUUUUGCUGUGCAUCAUCAAUGAUGAAUUCUUAACCUUGGUUCUGAGUGCGGGGUAAAAACAACUGCAUUUUGGUCGGAAAGGAGUGUUCUUUUGUACAUUUCAUUGCAGUUGAGUUGAAGGUUGCAGUGUACUUGGUGUUUUGUUCUGUCUCUAGUUCCAGACAUGGAUUUAACACGUACACCUCUUGCACCAAAUAGACAUUGGUGUUGUGUAAGCAGGCGGGUCUGCUUGAAUGAGUAGACCGGUCUGGACAGAUGUGAGACAAUAGGACACAGAGAACAGUAAGAGAAUAAGAGUUGAACGAGGGAUGUUGUACAGCUGUUUUUGUCUUUUUGAAAGUAUUGAAAAAGUAAAUUAUUUUGAAAUAUUAUA